AUGGCUAAAGAAGAAGAUGAAUUAGCUCGUGUUAUGGAAUUGUCGUUGAAAGAAUACAACGAGCGAAACACUUCUCUUGCCACACAUUCGCUUAUGGGCUCGCCAAGGAAAGGUGAUGAGCAAUCUGAUGCUGAUGAUGAUCCUGACUUGGCUGCAGCUAUAGCAGCCAGUCUUCGUGAACAAGAUGCCCGCCAGCCGAAAGAAAAGGCAGUGUUAGGGACGUCAUCGGCGUCGCGACAAGGCUACCAAAGAACUGAACUUGAGCCUUCAUUGUCAAAAACAUUGCAAACUGAACGUCCUCUGGACGUGCAUACGAAUGAUUUAGAUAAUAUACUCACAUUUCAUGAUACCAUCUUGCGCCAUGAUGCUCCAUGGGCCAAGAAUAUUGCGACUGAUGGCAUACCUCAACCUGUACAGAACAUUCACGACAAAGCUGCAGUGUCUCGAGCUAAAUUGGCGCGAAAGUUAGACCUAGGUCAUCGACGACUUCGUGAGCUUUCCAGCUUACAAGAAAAGCUUUCAGAAGUCGUGAAAAUGUACGAUCGAUUACUUGAUUCACGCCUUGGCGAAAGAGACUCUUUACAUGGGACUGAAAAUCGUCCGGACGGCGCGAAUUUCACCUACAGAGAUCCCUUUGGAACAUCUUUUCCACUUACUAAUAACCCUGACCCAUCCGCCCCGCCUGCUCCGCUAUCACCCUCUUUCGUUUCCUCAGCCCCUCUUAUCUCAGACUCGAGAACAAGCACUUCGACGAAACAGCAAACAUCCUCCGAUUCGAUGCACGGCGAAUUUCUCAUAAAGGCUUGUGAGAAGAAUCCUCAGCAUCUUGACGAAUCUAAUGUGCAAGAAGCCAUGCUUAUAGAACUGUAA